AUGGUUGCCCACCAGGCCAAGUGGCAUAAAACAUGUAUGCUCAAAUACAAUAACACAAUGCUACGAAGAGCAGAGAAGAGACUCAUCGCAAGCAGCUCAGCAUUUGGUAGUACUGACAAUGUCCCAGGCAAGCGCGCCAGAACACACUCUUCAGAAGCUACUACCAGCGACACCUCCUGCUUUUUCUGUGGAAAGUCUGGCACAGAGACCCUACAUGAAGUAGCAACCUUCCAGGUGGACACACGCGUACGGAAGUGUGCAGCGCAAGUUGGGGACAAUGAACUCAUGGCCAGGCUCAGCAUGGGUGAUAUGGUGGCUCUGGAGGCCAAGUACCAUUCCAAGUGUUUGUUGGCUCUUUACUAUCGUGCAAAGACCACUGUAGAAGCCGAGCAGAAAACUGACCAUGAAGGUGUGAUGUCAAGAAUCGUACUGGCUGAACUGGUCCUGUAUAUCGAGGAAACCCACCUAGAAGAGGGCACCGCCCCAGUCUUCAGACUCGCAGAUCUUGCAAAGCUAUACACGACAAGAAUGGAGCAGCUCGGGGUUGCUUUGUGCAAGAAAGUUAAUAGCACAAGGCUGAAAGAGCGCCUGUUAGCCCAGUUACCAGGCCUGAGAUCCCAGAGUAAAGGCCGGGAUGUUUUACUAGCGUUUGAUGAAGACAUUGGUGAAGCGCUAGGCAAAGCCUGCGAGCAAGACUGGUGUGAUACUGUGUCAGCCUUCGUCGGACAUGGGAAGAAAUCUGCCUGGGCAACAUGGAACACGCUGCCAGAACUCACUGAUGCCCUGCUGAGUCUGGCAAAUGCACCCACAAGCAUCCAAGAGGAUACAAUGCAUGUCAUCGAGAGGUUUGUAAUACUCCAGUAUGACCGCACAAGCAAAUGCAAGGACGUCAACAAGGCGAGAAAGAAGCUCUUUGCAAAGAAGAGCUCUGUUCAGAACAUCCCGCCAACCUACGCUGCUCUGGAGCAGCAUGUGAAGAGAUCUGCCCUUCAGGGUGGUCAUGUCUGGGGCCAGGCAUUGGUACCAGAGCCCGUGCUCCCUCCACCAACAGACUGGGGCUGGCAUCGGAGUGAUGAUGGGCCCUACACACCACUCUGGACCACACUCCCUGAGGCAUCCAAGACCUGCUAUGAGCUGUGUUUGCCUGUGACCAGACUGAAGCUGGGGAAGCUAAAGGUGGUGCGGCGGCAGCUGCUGCAAAGGUAUGAACACCAGCCAUUUGUCUCCUGCCUGGCCGGCCUCUAUGGUUGCCAAUGGAGACGAUACCAAAGAGCCCGUGCACAGCCAGGAGAGUGCUGCUGCAGCAAGGUGGAGUGUGGCAGUUUCGGCCUCCUGAUCCUCACCUUCUUCCUGAGUUUUUUAUUCCUCUAUUUCUGGAGUGAAGCUCAGAAUGACUACUUUGACUUUGACUGGUUUAACUUUGGGACUCUGGGUUUCUGGUUCCCCUGGUCUCUGGUCCUGCUGGUCAUUGCUGCUGCUCUCUUCACAUACAUCGCCCUACUGCUGGUCCUGGCAGUGUGUCUGCUCUCUGAGGGACAGAGGCUGUACCUCCACUGGAGCCACAAGACUGGCAUCGUGGUGGCGUUGGUGUUCUCAGUCACAGCCACCGCCAUCUUGUCCGACCUCUGGAGCAAAGAGUGGAAGACUCUCCUUCUCUCCCUGCAGGUGACGGCACCUUUCCUCCAUGUGGCUGCAGUCUCCCUGAUGGCCAUUCUCUCAUGGCCAAUAGCUUUGCACUUCUUUCGCAUGAACAAGAAAGUGCGUCAGGUGGCUGCUCUGGCUCUCUACCUGUCCGUGCUGUUCCCUCUCUACCUGGUUCCUCUGGGGAUGUACUCGCCCUGCAUCAAAGAGGCGGGAACGCUGGGACCCACACCCACACUCAUCGGACACAGAGGAGCUCCCAUGCUUGCUCCAGAGAAUACUAUGAUGUCGUUUGAGAAGGCAGUGGAAGCUGGGGGAGAAGGACUGGAGACCGACGUCACCAUCAGUUAUGAUGGCGUUCCCUUCCUGAUGCACGACUCCACUCUGAAGAGAACCACCAACAUCGCUGAGGUCUUCCAAAACCGAACACACCUCGACGCCUCCAUGUUCACCUGGGCCGAACUCCAGCAGCUGAAUGCUGGCAGCUGGUUCUUAUUGAGGGACCCCUUCGGCACCGUGUCCUCUCUGUCUGAGCUGGACUGCUCCCGGGCCCAGAACCAGUCUAUUCCCAGCCUGGCCCAGUUCCUGGAGGUAGCGGCCCGUAGCGGCAGACUAGUGCUGUUUGACCUGCACAGGCCACCGUAUGGACAUCCCUUCCAUCAGUCAUACAUCAACACCACCCUGCAGGUGGUGCAGGCCCACAUCAAUUCCUCAAAGGUGCUGUGGCUGCCAUCUGAGGACAGGGAGCAGGUCCAUGCUGUGGAUCCAGAGCUGCAGCAGACCUCUGGAGAGAAAGCUUCCAUUCAUGAACUGACAGUGGGCCACAUCACCAGACUGAACCUGCACUACAGCACCAUGUCCCAACAACAGUUCAGUAAAUACCAGUCGGUGAACAUCAGCACCAACCUGUAUGUGAUCAGUCAGCCGUGGCUCUACACUCUGGCCUGGUGUGCCGGAGCUCAGUCUGUCACCACCAACUCCAUCCACAUCCUGUCCAGCAUCACCAAGCCGCUCUUCCUCAUGACUCAGGAGGAGUACAGUCUGAUGUGGAUCCUGACUGACGCUGUGUCUGCCCUACUCAUCACUGCAGUGUUCAUAUUCCAUUGGUGGAGAGAGAGAGGCCUGCCCUGGUCCGGCGGCCGUCAGACUCAUGAGAACGGACCGUACAGCAAGUUCAGGACAGAGCUGAGUGACGUGUGGUCCAUUUCCAGCGUCAGCGUCCGGCCGGACCUACGGAGCGCUCCCAGUUCACCCAGUAACCCCCACCUGCCCACCAUCACUGAGGAGUGAGUGGGGGGGGGGUAGAGAGACAGAGAGAGGAAGGUACAGACACUGAGAGAUGGAAGGAAAGAGAGAGGAAUGAAAAGCUUAAAAAUAACGUCCUGAUAAGCAGCCAUCCCAUCCCAUCCCCCCCCCCCACUGCAUCCAGUUGUUCAGAGGGCGGGCAGCAUGCUGGAAGGAAACAUUUACAUCUGUCACUAUUUUUAACUGAGCCAUACAAGCUCAGCGACAGAGGGACCAAGACCAGAAGACAGGACCCUGGUGAGGAAGACUCAGAGGCAGCCUCUCGAUCUCCUCUUCCUCUCAUCCUCUCAGUCUGUGGGCCGCCGGCUGAUCAGGCAGUAGGGAAGCAGUAGACCCCCACCCCCCCAGUGUCUGCAGCAUCACCCAUAGAGGCCACUACACAGCCUGGACAGGGAGUACAGCUGGACUCAGAGUCUGAUGCUUUACAACAUGCUCAUCACUCCACAGCACCGCACGAAACUCAAAGAAAGAAGAAACCAAUGAACACACACUGCUGUAGUAACAAACCAGUCGCUCUGUCUGUCUCGUGGUUCUAGUCAAAAGAAAACCAAAUGUUUGGAGCAGAGAGCCCAGGGAGAAGUUGGAGGAGUGGUGAAGUGAAUCUAUGGAAAGAGGACACGCUUUGUUUCAGCUGCAUCAGAACCAACCCUGAACCUGUCUGAUGUUCUGAGGGGAGGGGGGGGGGCAGUCUAUGAGCUGACGGAGUGAAUGUAACCCAGAGGCUUGAGAAGGUAUUGUUAAUAUCUAUUUAUCUUUUGUAUUAGAGUGAAUGUAUUAUAAAGCAGGCCAUGUGUCUCGAUAGCAUGUGGGGAAUGUUCUGGCAGGGAUUCUGCCAGUUUGGCUUCAUGUUUGUUCCAAACCAUCAUUAGCUGCUCCAAAUAAAGAUAAAGAUGCUUUGGAGAAACCAGACCCUGGUACUUGUUUAAAGAGGCCAUGAAUGCAGCAUCUGCUUUCCCUGGAAUAUACGCGAUCCUAUGACUCUGUAGUCCGUCUGUGCUGUGUUGUCCUGACUUCAGCUGACUUUGAGAUUUGUUUUAACUUUAUAUGUGUGGAAUCCGAGAGGUUAGGAUCCUUCAUUUCUGCACAGUGUUGAAGCUAAGGAACGGCUGUGUGCAGUUAGUGCCAUUAACCUGCCGUCUGGAUCCACACGCUCACCCUCAGUCUUUACUGGGUGAGUAUUGGACUUACGUUUAGGGAUAAAGCUGGAUUUUGACACGUCUUAGUCCUGCAGUCAGAAUUUUGAAGUCAAUAACAGUCAGUCCAGUGCAGAGUUAAUAUCUUUCAAACUGCAAACACAAACUGUGUGGUAUUGUAAGAUGAAUCAGUGGUUAGCACAUCCUGUCUUUGUGUUCCUGUUGAAUAUACAAGCAUUCUGGCUGCGAUCACUAUAGCUGCAGAGAUUAUUCUAUGGAAUAUACUGUAUAUUAGUUUUAAUAAGGCCGGUCUGGGUUUCCUCUGAAGAUGCUUUGGAUUUUGGGCUUGCAUGUUUUGGAUUCAUCCAGCUUUUGUUUUUAGAUGCUUUUUGAAAGUGAUGCUUCGAGAGAUUCUCUUUGUGAUGGCGAGUCCUCCGUCGAUCCCAACAACCAUAGGAACUUUUUCAAAUUUCUCAUAACAGCUAAAAAAGUGCCAGCCCAGGGUUUGAUGAUCGCAGGCUGGGAGCAGGGCCAUGGAUUCAGAGCUCCUGUUCUCUGAUCCAUGUGUCAAACCUCUGCAGUAUCAUCAGUGCUCCACUCUUCACUAUAUGAGAGUUUUCAGUGAGCUGCUGCAUGAACUCAUUGGCUUGUUUCUUGGCUAAACUUCAGAGCACGGCCUCGUUUGAUUAUUCUACAACAGCCAUCCAUCAGCAGUCCAGCUGCUCUGCUGUCUUUAUGCUUGUAGAUUAAGAUAUAUUUUUUACAGGGUGUGUUCCAGUUUAGUACCAACAACAAUUGAAUUAUUUAUAAGAGUUAUGAAUUCCCCCCCUGAGCUGUGUGUCAGUUCAGCUGUGUGAGUGGAGUGGAUGAAGGUUGAUGGUUUGACGCUGGAAGGGUAGGCUUCAUGUGUUCAUGUGAUGCUGAACGUGAACAGAGAAGUCAAGAGAUAUUUCAGGCUGAACAAAAAUCAGAUCUUCUGAAACAAAGAGUCAGGAAGUGCAAGGAUCAACUAUCCACACCUCUAAGUCAUUGUCUCUGAACAUGACCUGCAGGGAUGCAGCUAAACAGAACCUUAUUUUAGUCCAGAGGCUUUUCUUUCAAAUGAUUCAAUCCCUGUAGCGUUUCUCAUCUUGUGCUGCACUGAACGGCUACUUUUGGUUGUAUUUUCUAGAAGCGUUUCCACGUUUACGUUUCUUUUUUUACUGUGACUGUUCUCUGAAUGUAAUGCUGCUGUCAUCUUAUAUUAAACCCUGAGAGGUCUGUGUUGGAGCUCUGUCUGUGCUGUGCUUUGCAUUCACAUGUGUUCUUUAUGAAGACACCAACAACUUACAUUUCAUUCAUAAUGUUCAAAACAUUUCUCAAGUCAUUACAUCCUCCAAAAUAUAUAUUAGCAAUUAUAUAUUCAAAUGAAAUGAACACAAGAAUAAUAAGUAUUAAAUACGUGGGGAUGACAAAGAUAGAAUGAAUUGACUGAAAUGGAAAUAAAACCAAACUUAAGCUGGAGGAAAUGCUGCUCCUGAUAAACCCAAGAUAUGAAGCACCUCAACAUAUUAUGGUAUACCUGACUAUUUCUGACAUACUAAAGUAAGACAUCUGUGUCACACUUUAAUGACAUUCUAUAUCAUGAGUGAUUUCUGUCAUUUGCUAUGAUUUUCUGUGACCUUUAUGUGACAUAGUAUGACAUUUUAAUGGAAUGCUAUAUAAUGACAUACUUUUCUAUGACUUAUUUUACACCACACAGGACAUGAUUUAUUUUAUGGCUUUUUCUUUGCAUUCUAUACGUACUGUAUUUAACACACUUUAAUGACUAGUAUACACUUUAGUAGUACUUUGAAAUCACACAGUAUUCUGUGGCGUUCCUUUACAUCACACAUUUAUAAGUAACUUAUGACUAUUUCAGACUUUCCUUUUUUGACAUUCAUGACAAUGACUUUCAUUUUUAUUCACUUCUCAUGACUGUUUUUUUUUGCUUACUAUUCUAUCAUAUUUAUGGUUACAUUUUAUGGCAUUAUAUUCUAUGACUUCAUAACAUGCUGUACUAUGAAAUCUUUAAUGCAUAGUCAUCUAUAAUUGUUGUGCUGUAUUAUGAUAUUUCUAGUGAAAUACUAUAACUUUUGUCAUACUUUUUUUUUACAAACUAUUGCAUACCUUUUUUAUGAAAUACUAAAACAGUAACUUUUAGGAAUACUGUACUAUGAGUCAUUUCAGAUACAUUACUGACAUUGGCCUCAUUUUGUAUGAGAUAUUAAAUACUUAGAUGAGUUUUUUUCACCAACAAAAUAUACUCAGAUUUUUUUCUCACAUGCUCUACUGAGACUGUUUAGUUAUAUACUUAACUACGAUAUUCAUGUGAAUUAUUUACGGCAUACUUUUUUUAGUACUUAUAUAAUAUGCAAACUAUUUCUGCUACAGCAGAGCUUUGAGUCGCACCACAGAAGAGCAUUGUGGGAUACUGAGCAGAAAUCCGGUCUGUACCCCAACAGAAGGAAAAAGCUGCCAGUUUUGAAUGCAGCUAUAGGUUAGUUGAGAUAUAUAAUGCACAAUGUUUCUCUGGUUCUGCAACAGAUGUUCUAUUUACAUGCCCAGGUGAGUGUCUCACUUCACUUAGUGUCUCUUUUGAACAGGAUCCCUGGGAUCAAGGAAGUGUCUAAAGAUUUCUUUAAUGAACUGAACGGAACAUAAACUCUGCAAUUCUUUGAUGUGAAUGUCGUGGUUGAUCAUGACUGAAACAUACACAGUUCAGCCCUGGUCUGGGACGUGUUAUCUUUGUUAUUAUUCUUUUAAGGUGGUGUUAAAUGUUACACAGCCAGUGGUGGAAGAUAUGUGAAGAACACUUUAUUGAUAAUGAUUUUCCUACUCUUCAGCAUUUUAGUUUCUAAGUAAAAAAGACAAUUUGAGGCACCUGUGCUGAACAAAAAAAUGGAAUGUGAAAAUAUCCUUUACAACAAAAAGAAGGAAACUCCAGCUGUUGAUGCGUCUGCAAACUAAAAGCAUUUAUUAAGAACAUGACAUUUGGAAUGACAGUAAAAAAAAAGCUUGUUAUUGGA